AUGUCGUCCUUCGGUCCUCCAGGCGUCAGCUCGCCACAUCCAUCGCUUCCUCCGCGCCCGCCGCCGUCGACCGUUGCCGCGAGCGCACCGGAAUACUCCUCUACUGUGUCGGCACCCCCGUCAUCGGCGGUCCCGAUAGCUACAACCUAUGGGCCAUCUGCGCCUCCCCCUCCAUCCUCCUCAUCUUCCUACUAUGGACCAGCUACCGGCCCACAGCAGCCACAACAGCCACAGCAGCUACAGGGCCAGGCACGGCUGGGAUACUCCCGCACCUAUGCGCCUCCCGUAGGUGGCGACCGCGGCCGUGGCGGCUACGGCGGGUACAAUGCCUACCCACAACAACAGCAACAGCCGUCGUAUGGUCCUCAGACAGGGCCCACGACCUAUGGGGCCCAGUACGGGCCGACGGCCGCUGCCACCUCGGCGGCACCACAUAUCCGCAAUCCCUUUCCGACCCCGAGUGUGCAGCAGCAGCAGCCGCACUCGGGCGGCUACGAACAGGACCCGCAGAUGGCUGCCCAGAUUGCCAACUGGCAGGGCGCCUACAUGCCCAAAGAGAACAGCAGCUACGGAGCAGGAGCUGCCUCGGGCUACGGCUCGUACUAUGGCGCAUCUGCUGCAAGCCAGUCGCAAUAUGCGGGCGCCGCAACCUCUUACGGACCCGACGGAAGCGCAGUGGCAGCAGCGGCAGCAGCAGCAGUAGCGGGAGCAUCGACGACAGCGGGCACGGCAGAAGCAGAUGUCGGUGGCGGCAGCGGCAACCAGGAGAGGCAGAAGACGGUGUAUCGGUCGGGCGGCGGCAAGACGUGGGCGGACGACACGCUGCUGGAAUGGGACCCGAGCCACCUGCGGCUGUUUGUGGGCAACCUGGCCGGCGAGGUGACGGACGAGACCCUGCUCAAGGCCUUCUCGCGCUGGAAGUCGGUGCAGAAGGCAGUGGUGAAGCGGGACAAGUGGACCAAGAAGUCACGCGGAUACGGGUUUGUCAGCUUCAGCGACGCCGACGACUUCUUUCAGGCAGCCAAGGAGAUGAACGGCAAGUACAUUGGCAGCCAUCCGGUGGUGGUGCGCAAGAGCAAGACCGAGAUCAAGGUCGCUGCCGUCAAGGAGGACAACAAGAAGGGCGGCAAGAAGGGCAGAGGCAACGGCAACGGCAACGACAAGAACAAGAAAAAGUCGGCUGGCAGCGGUGGUGACAGCGGCCGACGAGACCCGUACGAAGCGGCACUCGGCCCCGUCGCUUCGGGAGUCCACAAGCCAGGACAGAAGACCAAGGGCGGGCUGAAGCUACUGGGCUAG